AUGGCUGGGUGGCUCGCUGCAGUGUCGGAGGAGAGCACCGGCCUUGACGAGUUCGCGGCUGCCCGCCCGCCGCGCAACUCUUACCGCGGCUCCAUCCGGCGAGUCGCCGUCUCCGGCGGGCUGAUCAGAUCAGCUCUGUUCGCCCAGUACGGCAGUACCGGCUCCAGCUACUCCAGCCAGUCUGGUGCUUCGUCCUACCCGUCCAACGGUUCCGGCUUCUCCUCCGGCUCGGCGCAUGCCGCUGCGGGCGCCAGGGCGCUCUGCGACCUCGAGCUCCGGGAGAUCGCCCGCCGAAUGGUGCACGACGGAUACACACAGCACAUGGUCCAGGCUUUCCACGACGCGCCUAUCGAAGCCCUGGGGACGUGGUUCUCGGAGCUGGACGUGGAUUGGGUUCUCCAAAUCCGCGAGGGGCAUGACUUGCGGCAGCUCCAAGCAGGCAUGUCGGCGCCGUCGCUUCAGGACCUGGUAGAGAGGUGGGUCCGAGCUCUUGCCAUAAUCGUUCUCACCAUGAGAGAGCUGCACGUGUCGUGGCCGUCGACGAGCCGACGCCUGCAAGCGCGCGCUUCGGCAAAGCGAGCAUCGACAAGAUGCUCGCCUUCGUCGACGCCGUCGUCGUCCCUGACUCUCCAAAGGGCCACGCUCCGGGGGACAAGCUGUGGGCCGUGCUGA